AUGGCUAUGAAAGCGAUCGUGAAAUCCGUGAUCUCUGGCGACUCCCUCCUCCUGCGCGGAAACCCGGGGCCGCAGGGCCAGAUCCCUAAGGAGCGCGUCCUGCACUUGGCCGAUAUCCAAGCACCGCGCAUGGGAACUUCGUCGCGCGACGAUGAGGACUGGGCAUUCGAAUCUCGCGAGUUCUUGCGCGCUCUCACCGUCGGCAAACCCGUAUCCUUCACAUCUUCGCACUCCCUUCCUACCAACGACGACGUUCCACGCGACAUAGGCUCUGCGGAGUUCAAUGGCGUCGACCUUGCAUCCGAACUGCUUAAGAACGGAUGGGCGAAGCUCAAAGAAUUCAAGCGCGAGCCUACGGAAGAGGACCAGCGCAAGAAGGAUAUCGAAGCUGAGGCUCGCGCGGCGGGCAAGGGCGUAUGGAACCCUCACGGGCCUAAGGCGCGCACGACAAACUACAUGAUGCCCACAGAAUCGCAAGCAUUCAUCACCGAGUGGAAGGGCCGUCCGAUUGAUGGCCUGGUUGAGCAGGUCAAGGAUGGCUCAACGCUCCGCAUCCGGCUCUUAAUGCCCGACGGCGACCACCAAUUUAUCAACAUCGCGCUUGCUGGAGUGCGGUGUGCGCGUGCUGGCGGCAAGCCUGGUGAAGUAUCCGAGCAGUGGGGUGAAGAGGCCAAGUUCUUCACCGAAUCUCGCCUACUACAACGCUACGUCAAGGUACAUCUACUCUCCCUACCCAACGCCGCACCGACACCCUUCCAAGCUGGCGCGACAUCAAGUGCUCCCCCAUCCGCAUCCAUCUUCAUUGGCACAGUCCUGCACCCCGCCGGUAAUGUCGCCGAGCACCUCGUAUCCGCUGGCCUCGCACGUGUCGUGGACUGGCAUGCGGGCAUGCUCGCGAGCAGUGGCGGCAUGGAACGCCUUCGCGCGGCGGAGAAAGUGGCCAAGGAGAAACGCGCGUACAUGUAUGCUAACGCAUCUGCUCCUUCUGCGAAAAGCAACGGAACGGCUGUGAAUGGCGCCUCGCGGGCUUUCGACGCGACGGUCAUUCGGGUCUGGAGCGCCGACCAGAUCUCCGUUGUCGAUCGGGAGACUGGCAAGGAACGCCGCGUACAAUUGAGCUCGACGAGGGGGCCGAGGGUUUCGGAUCCGAAGCAGGCGUAUUGGGCUCAGGAAGCCCGGGAGUUCCUCCGCAAGAGGCUCAUUGGCAAGCAUGUGAAAGUGCACGUCGACUUCAUCAGGCCCCGCGAAGGUGAUUUCGAGGAGCGUGAGUGCGCGACUGUGCGAUACGGCGGACAAAACUCGAACAUUGCAGAGCAGCUAAUCGAAAAGGGUCUUGCGGCCGCCGUCCGGCAUAAGCGGGACGAUGAGGACCGCUCUCCUGACUAUGAUAAGCUCAUGGCCGCGGAGCAGGCUGCAGCGGCGGAGGCCCGGGGGGUGCAUUCGGGGAAAGAUAUCCCCGCACCCAAACAACCGCUCAACAUCUCCGAGUCAGCGCAUCGGGCAACGACCUUCGUCAACGGCUUCAAGCGUCUAGGUCGCAUUCCUGCUAUCGUCGAAUACGUCGCCGCAGGGUCCCGUUUCAAAAUCUUCCUGCCGAAGGACAACCAGGUGCUCACCCUCGUCCUGAGCGGUAUCCGCGCCCCUCGCACCGCGCGGAACUCAUCCGAAGCCAGUGAACCAUAUGGCCACGAAUCGGCCGAGUUCGCCACGCGUCGGUACAUGCAGCGUGACGUGGAGAUUGAGAUCAAUGACGCGGACAAGUCCGGUGGCUUCAUCGGAGCGCUCUACUACAACAAGACCGAGAACGCUGCGGUCACGCUGGUAAAGGAGGGUCUCGCGACGGUGCACGGGUACUCGGCGGAGAACCUCCCGUGGGCUGGCCAGCUGUACGAUGCGGAGGCGGAGGCGAAGCAGGCAAAGCGCAACAUCUGGAAGGACUUCGACGAGGCUGCCGAGCAGGUCGUCGAGGCCCCUAAGGAGGAUGCGACAGGGCCGCUCAAGACCGAGUACCUGGACAUCAUCAUCAGCGACGUGCGCACGAAGCCGCAGUUCGCAUUCUCGAUCCAGAUUCUCAAUACGGAAGGCAUCGCCUCGCUCGAGAAGCUUAUGCGCGAGUUCUCGCAGUACCACAAAACGCUCGCCGCGGCCGCUGGCUUUGUGCCCAAAGCGGGCGAGCUCGUGUCUGCGAAGUUUUCCGACGGCCAGUGGUACCGCGCGCGCGUCCGCCGCUCGUCUGCGAUCAAGAAGGAGGCCGAGGUCACCUUUAUCGACUACGGCAACCAGGAUACGGUUGGCUUCAAAGACAUCCGCCCGCUUGACCCGAGGUUCCGUUCGUUGCCCGGUCAGGCGCAGGAUGCGCGCCUCAGCUUCGUGAAGCUCGUGCCCGAGGAUAGUGAGUACCACGACGAGGCAGUAGAGCGGUUCCGCACCCUGUGCGAAGGCCGAAAGCUCGUCGCGAACGUCGACCAGAAGGAAGGCCAAGUUCUGCACCUCCGCCUGAUCGAUCCCACCGACCCGGCCGUCGCGCAGGACCCCUACGCGUCGAUCAACGUGGACCUCGUGCGCGAGGGUCUCGCGACGGUUGACAAGAAGGGCUGCCGCUACCUCUCGUCGUACCCCGCGAUGGCGAAGAAGCUCCAGGAGGCGAUCACGAUUGCCAAACGUGACCGCGCUGGGAUGUUCGAGUUCGGCGACGUCGAGGAGGACGACUGA